GCAGGCCUCACUUCUCAUUGGGCACCCUGCUUGCAGUUAGAGGCGGUGGCAGUCGGAUGGCUGCAGUUAUGAACAUUGGGAGUGUUUAGUGUUAGUGCUGCUUUUGCUGAAAAUUCACCCUGUAAGAUUCUGCUGUUACAACAUGUCUUUCAUUAAAGUUGAAGAAAGUUCUGAUUUCCCCAUUCACAAUCUUCCUUACGGUAUAUUUUCUACCCCGGACAAUCCCAGGCACAGAAUAGGAGUUGCCAUAGGAGAUCAGAUAUUGGACCUCGGUGUAAUCAAACAUCUUUUCAGUGGACCAGUGCUUUCCAAGCACCAAGAUGUCUUUGACCAGCCAACCCUUAAUGCUUUCAUGGGCCUGGGUCACAAAGCCUGGAAAGAGGCUAGAACAGUUCUUCAAAAACUGCUCUCCGCAAACGAGACGACUCUUCGAGAGGAUGUGGGUCUGAGAAGCAGGGCAUUUGUACAUCUGAGUUUAGCUGAGAUGCAUCUCCCAGCUGAAAUUGGUGAUUACACUGAUUUCUAUUCUUCCCGGGAUCAUGCUACUAAUGUUGGAAUCAUGUUCAGGGGAAAAGAAAAUGCAUUGAUGCCAAACUGGUUGCAUCUGCCGGUUGGGUACCAUGGAAGGGCCUCGUCAGUGGUGGUGUCAGGCACCCCCCUCAGGAGGCCUAUGGGUCAGGUCAGACCAGAUGAAACCAAACCUCCUGUUUAUGGCAGCUGCAAACUGCUGGAUAUUGAACUAGAAAUGGCGUUUUUUGUAGGUCCAGGCAACAAACUAGGAGAGCCGAUCCCAAUACACAAAGCUCACGAACACAUCUUUGGAAUGGUCCUAAUGAACGAUUGGAGUGCUCGGGAUAUCCAGAAAUGGGAAUAUGUUCCACUUGGACCUUUCCUAGGAAAGAGCUUUGGAACCACCAUCUCGCCGUGGGUCGUGCCAAUGGAGGCCCUCAUACCUUUUGCGCAACCAAAUUCAGUCCAGGACCCCACGCCGCUGCCCUAUCUCUGCCACGACGAUCCCUACACCUUUGACAUUAAUCUCUUUGUCUCUGUGAAAGGAGAAACGAUGAAGGAACCAUCUAUUAUAAGCAAGUCAAACUUCAAAUAUAUGUACUGGACAAUGAAGCAGCAGCUCGCACACCACACUGUGAGUGGCUGCAAUGUCAGACCUGGUGAUCUUCUGGCCUCUGGGACAAUCAGUGGACCUGAUGAAGAAAGUUUUGGCUCAAUGUUAGAGCUGUCAUGGAAGGGAACGAAAACUAUUGAUCUUGGGGAUGGACAUACCCGCAAGUUUCUGCAAGAUGGGGAUGAGGUUAUCAUGACAGGUUACUGCCAGGGUAAAGGCUACCGUGUAGGAUUCGGCCAAUGCAGAGGAAAAGUUCUUCCAGCGUUGGAAUAAUAAGAGCAGCACCCUUCAAAAUAAUCAUUCCUUAAGAACACAUACUGUACUGGAGUUGUCCUUUUUUCCCCACAUUUUGGUUACCAGAAGCAGUGUUAUGUAUAUUAAGUUUAACAUUUUAAUUACAAGAGAACUUUUAAUUGAAGUGUGUCAGUAACAAAACCCUACCAGUUAUUUACAGUAACUGUAUGAUUCUUCAGGGUUUACACAUUCUAAUUCAUUUUUUUAAUCUACUGUACUGUAUUAAUAUAGUAUAUUUGUACAAUCAAAAUCAUGUUAGCUCAGUAAAUGAUAAUUUGUUCUAAACCCCUGGUUACAUUCCUCGUUUAAAUAAUUGGGUUCAUGAAUUAUUUCUAGUUGUGUCAAUUCACUCCACUCUGUUUAUCAGAUGAAGCUUUUAAUUUGAUUGUUUUCAUAGGCUAGUUACUGUAACCCUUUUUGUUUUGCAUAAUGAAUAAACACAUCAUAUUUA